GUAACAUGGCCUUGACUGCGUUGCCCUCUUUCACAAUAUGAAUUAUUUGAUGGUUUGUCUCCAUGGUAUCAGACCUUUACAACGCAGAAACCUUCCCCAAUGCCUAAUUGCGUUUUGCUUGAAAUCUCUGAUUAUUUGUAAGGUGCUCCAAAUUCAAACGUCGAGCACUAUAUUAUUUUUCGCUCGAAUAUACCUCAUUCGAUAAUCAUAUUGAUCAUUUUUUAUCCAACAAAACUGAAUAUUAUUUAUUGAACGAUGAGGAAGUACCAAAAUGGGUCCAGCCAACAGCACCAAAGCCCAGAGUUUUGAUUUGUAAGUUAAAAAAGUUGUUUUUUCUCCUUCAACUUUUUAUUUUCUUUUUAUUUUUGCUCUUGUUUUUUUCUCAAAUUUUUUCAGGUCACGAUGAAUGUACUUUUCGUAGUGGAGAGGUUAGUGCGCGUAGAUGUGUGAUCGAUGAUUCGGCACCCUUUUUUAGCAAAGGUCGUGGUCGAAGCUACAUGAUUUCCGAUUUUUUGGUCAUCCAUCCAUCAUCGCCAUAUUUUCAAUUAAGUCCAGCUGAAUGGAAUCAAGCAACUCAACGAUAUCCAAAAUUAUUGGAAGAAGUAGAUAUUAUUUAUGAAAAAUUUUCGGCAUCAGCAGCAAUAAAUAUUGGAAGUGAUUUAUAUAUGGACAACGAAUUGAUUUUAGAACAAUUUGAACGAUUAUUUCAAAUGUUACAGUUCAAAGAAGAAUACAAGACGCAUACUAUUGAAGUGUUAGUGGAUAAUGCAAGAACUCAUACUAGCAAGAAAUUUAGUGUUAAUGAUUUUAAUAUGAAACCAGGUACCCGGUGUCCAGUUCAAUCAAUUGAAUAUUUAGAUCCAGCUACAAAUCAACGAAAAACAAUCAAUUGUUAUUUUACAGAUGGUGAGAACAAAGGAAAAUCACGUGGAUUACUCAACAUUGCAUUGAACUUGGGAUUGAAGGUGCCGUUAAAUUGCAAACUUCAACAAUUAAAAGAAUUAGUUAGCCAACAUCCAGCAUUCCAAAAUGUUACAAAAUUAGAAAAAUUAGGGACGCAAUAUGGAAUUCAAGUGUUAUAUGUGCCAAAAUAUCAUUGUGAAUUAAAUCCUAUUGAAGGUUAUUGGUGUCAUAUGAAACAAUUUGUUCGCAAACACAAUGAUCAAACAUUCAACAAGAUGGUAUCAUUAAUUGGUGAAGCGAGAAAAAAUUUUAAAGAUCGUCAAAUAUAUUUAGAAUUAUGUAGAAGAUUCUGGACAACAUUAAUAGCAUACAAUGAUGGUAAAGAUUACAAACAAGUAUUGCAAAUACCAAUUUAUGCUGUUUAUGGAGAUAGAGAACAGGGAGAUGAACCUUGUGGAAAAAAUUUCGAAGAGUUCGAUUUUGCUAAAGAGCGCGCAAUCAUUUCACUCACCGUAGCUGCUACUCGAUAG